UGCUCGCAUGCAACCGCUUCAGAGGUUCCCAUACAGGGGAAAGAAUUUGUGAAGAAUUUGAGCAAAUAUGUGAAGAAUAUCAAAUGAAGAAAAAGGUCGACCACAUCAUCUGUGACAACGCUGCAAACAUGAAAAAGGCGUUCAGUACAUGUUUUCCUGGACAGGAAGAUGAAGAUGACGACCAUGAUGAUUUCAACAUUUGGAACAACCUGACAGUGGAAGAGCAGGAGAGGUUUGAGAAUGUAUUGAGUGCAAAGUCCCAGACAAGACUUCAAUGUUUUGCACAUACCCUUCAAUUGACUAUAGGUGAUGGCCUUAAAGACACUAAAAUAAUCAGUGCAGCUCUCUCCAAAGCUUCAAGGUUGAGCUCUUUGCUCCACACGAGCACCACUUUCAAAGACAAAUUUGAGAUGGAGUUUGGACAGCGUGGAAUCCCUGCCUCUGUAACCACACGCUGGAAUUCCACACUUAGGCAACUGAAAUCAGUGCUUAACUGUGACCAACUGAAACUGUCUGCAGUUCUUGAAGAUGCGGGACACAAAGAGACAGUAUUCACAGCUAGAGAGUGGAGUCAGAUAAGGGAACUGGUGGAUGUUCUUCAACCCUUUGGAGAAGCCACGGAUCUCACACAAGGAGAAAAAAUUGUCACUAUAAGUGCUGUGGUACCCUGCAUCCUUUCUCUUAAUCAUCACUUGGAAAAUCAAAAAGAGAGAGUGCACUACAUGGGUGGUUUGAUCCGUAGCCUGCAAGAAUCACUCCAAAGAAGAUUCAGAGGGAUCUUUGUACAUGUGAGGAUGGCAGAUGACCAGAGUGAUGGAGCAACCUUGCCGUUCUCUGACCCUCUAUACCUAAAAGCUGCUUUGCUGGAUCCUUCAUUCGGCACCAUGUGGUUGGCCCAUGAUGUUUUGGCCCCUGAAAACGUCAAGGAGGAUGUGUCUGUGAUGAUAAAAAGCUUGAUUCUCAGAGAUGCUGGCAUGACCAUGACCACGACCAGUCCAAUCACCGAUGAGCCAAUUACACCGUCAGAGCCAGAGCGUCAGACUGGGCUGUUCUCAGCAUACCGCAAAAAUAUGAAGAUGAGUUCAAAUUCCACUCCCCAAAUUCAGUUGAACCACUACCUCGACAUUUGUGAUGGACAGAGCUGCCUUCAGUUUUGGGCCAUGAACAGGCGCACCCUCCCCUCUUUGUUCAAGGUGGCGGUAAGGGUCAUGGCAGUCCCUGCAUCAAGUGCACCUGUUGAACGUGUGUUCAGCCAUGGUGGGGUGAUAAUGCGACCCCAUCGUUCACAACUGAGUGACAAAGUACUCUCAAAUUUAAUUUUUUGCAAAUGCAAUGCAUUGUAAGUCGAUGUAUUGCAAAUAAUAUUCUACAACAUGUAGGGAGAUUGACUGAUGACUUGAUCUGUUCUCGUAUACAGCGAGCCACCUAGAGGUUCUAAUUGAUUCUGUUCAUAGGUUGGAGGUAAUGAUCAAAAAAAACAUUUUCAAACUAUUCACAUAAUGGCUUUGGUAUGCCACAUGCUAUUCUUGUUAUUUCGUCCUGUUCAUAUUUACACUAUCUACAUUUUAA